GGCAGCCAUGAUCCACCGUGAUGCAUUCCCCACAGCCGUCAGGCUCGCCAUCACUUGACCUCUCUGGCUUCGCUACGUGCUGCCAGCCGCGUUGCCGAGCCAUGUCAUCCUUGGUUCAUUGCCGUCGGCUUUAAUUUAUCCUUGCCGAUCUGCAACUCCGCAAUCCUGGGCUCCUAUAUCUGUAUCUUUUUCGUCGUCUCCUCACAUGCUUCACCAUCGCUCUUGACCCUGUCCGCGCCUCUUUUCAAGCCACCAUGCCAUCGACGUCAAGCGUUCGGAAAUUCCCCACGAUCAAGACUGUGCGGUCGUAUGUGAUCGGGGGUGUCGGCUCUGGUGUGAUGGAUUCCAGGACUGCGAGUGAGAACGCGUCAACUGACAUUACCCUGUAGGCGGUGAUUAUCACAACGUAAAGGGGGGACAUUGGCUCAUCGAUACCGACAUAUCGACGCCUUGCUCCCAAUGGGAACAGUACCGACAGUCGCGAACGAGCUGGGGCAUCAAUGUUCUCGGCUCGUUUCUCGUUGAGAUAGAAGCCUCAGACGGAACCAUUGGAUUCGCCACGGGCUUUGGAGGCCCUCCUGCCUGUUGGCUCGUUCAUCAACACUUCGAGCGCUUCCUCAUCGGGGCCGAUCCCCGCAACACCAAUCUUCUAUUUGAGCAAAUGUACCGGGCCUCCAUGUUCUACGGCCGCAAGGGACUUCCUAUCGCCAUCAUCUCGGUCAUCGACCUAGCCAUCUGGGACUUGCUAGGCAAGCUGCGCAAUGAACCCGUCUAUCGCCUCAUCGGAGGUGCCACCAAAACGCGCCUCGACUUCUACUGUACCGGCCCUCAGCCGACGGCUGCAAGGGAAAUGGGCUUCUGGGGCGCCAAGGUGCCGCUGCCGUUCUGCCCGGAAGAGGGCCAUACCGGUCUGCGCAAGAACGUCGAGUUUCUCCGCAAGCAUCGCGAGGCGGUCGGACCCGAUUUUCCCAUCAUGGUGGACUGCUACAUGAGCCUCAGCGUGUCGUACACCAUUGAGCUUGUCAUGGCCUGCCAGGAUCUCAACAUCAACUGGUGGGAAGAAUGUCUAUCCCCAGACGAUACGGAUGGCUUCGCACAAAUCAAGCGCGCCCAUCCAACGGUCAAGUUCACUACAGGCGAGCACGAGUACUCGCGCUACGGUUUCCGCAAGCUCAUUGAGGGCCGAAACCUGGACAUUAUCCAGCCGGAUGUCAUGUGGCUCGGCGGCAUGACGGAGCUGCUCAAGGUUGCGUCCAUGGCGGCAGCGUACGACAUUCCCGUGGUCCCUCACGCCAGCGGGCCGUACAGUUAUCAUUUUGUCAUAUCGCAGCCGAACACACCGUUCCAGGAGUACCUGGCCAACUCACCCGACGGUCGCAGCGUGCUCCCCGUGUUCGGCGACUUGUUUACCGACGAGCCCAUCCCGACCAAGGGCUACCUCACGACGGCAGACCUCGACAAGCCAGGAUUCGGCCUGACCAUCAACCCGGCAGCGUGGUCCAAGCUCAUUCCUUCAACAAAUCUGCUCAACCCAUCGCCGGCGCACGCACUCCCGCCGCCAACCCAUGGGACUGAUGGGCAAAAAGUCGAAACGUCCAACGAGAGACCUCAGGAAAUGAAUGUUGGUGUCGCAGAGAACGUCACCGCCAAGUUGGAAGGACUAACGACUCGAUCAUAACCCGAAAAUGCGCGGUCACUCCUGGACGUUACACGAAUCAAGUCACAAUCUCUCUCUGCCUCAGCUAUGGGACGUCAUAGCGUCCCAGCUGUCCGGGUGGUGGAAGAGUUCGAUAGCGCUUGCAGUAGCGCGCCUCAUAUCAGCCGUGCAGAACGAUCGUUGCUGGACCAACAUCGUCAUCGCCUCUCGAUAUGCGCUAUGCAUGGUCUUUGUACUCGAUUUCGAACAUGGUAGUUACUGGCGUCUGCGGACAAUGUCGCUUUCAGCACGAAAGUGGCGAUAUUGGAAGCGGCCCUGGAACGUCUUUUACGGGUGACGGCAUCCGUCCACGAUUGGAUAAGCUUGAGCGAUGGGCAGAAGCCGGACAGCGAAGGUGCAUCGCCGCCAAGGAAGGAGGCUAGAAGAAAGCUUUUAAGAGAGAUUCUGGCACACGUAUUUUACUGCUUUGCUUGUAUAGGAUUAGCGUACAUUACAAUUGCUGACCUAGACGAUACGGCAGCUUGUUGCGGCGGCACAUCGGUAUUGACUACUCGAGAACUUGCGGGUAGACGACGCCCA